AUGAACACCGUUUCGAAAUUGGAAUUCACAUGUGUUGCUGUUGAUAUGGUUAACUGCAAAUCACUUGAAGGAUUAGAAAACCUGGAAGUUCUACAAGUGCGUGCGAAAAACAUCACUGGUAAAUUUCUCUAUAACCUGCCUAUAAAUCUAAAGCUGUUGAACAUUACUGCGCCUUCCGAGAAGUAUAGGAAGUGGACGACCGAGUACACGUUAAAGCCAUCGAUUGUUAUGCGCCAACAAAAAAGUUUGAAGGUCAUGGUGGUAGAUGUACAAUUUCUUUGUAUUUUAUACCCAAUUUCUGUGCUGAUGCCGUCCCUCAAAAUGCUUAAAAAACGUUAUUCAGAGCCAUAUGAGAAGCAUGAAGGAGCAAGAACAAUGAAGAUAAAAGUAAACGAGUUAAUGAUUGAGCGUAGCAAUAGGCUGAUAUGCAAGUGUAUGGAUACAGCAGAUGGCGUUCAAAUAAAUCCUUUUAUUAAUUUUCUUGGUGUAUGCAUUGAUUUCAAUUAUCUUAAAUAUUUUGUUCUAGUUUCACCCACACGGUCAAUAAGCUUCGAUUCUAUAACAAGAGAAGCCAGGGAGUAA